CACCCACUCACUGACACACCCACCUUUGGGGCCGUCAAAGGAAGAGCUGAACAAGACUCGAACCGUGGACUAAGAUACAACAUUUCAUUCGCUAAGAGAUGAUCAGAAAUGCACCCACAAACACACAGCGACCGCGGGGAUGGUUGACGAAAGAAGGCAUGUUUACGGUUAUACGCGCAUCAAAAUAAAAAAUAUUCUUGACAGCGACCCUUCAAACCUCGGGGUCAAUUCGCGCGAGACUCUCCCCUCAUCUUCCCCCCACGCAGACUCCAUUGUCGUCCCACUUCUAUGGAGGGGUAGCUGGCAUUACUGCUCUUCUGGGCCCUCAGAAUGAGACAAAACGAGAACAGCUCCCAGCUGAAGGCCAUCUGCAACACCGCCACAGAAACACAAUCGCUUCACCUACCAUGCAAAUAACACGCUGUGGUAUCCACGGAUUCCACGAGGUGCUCGGAAUCGACGCCGACGAGAUUCGCUUCUAUUGGGCCAUCGAUUCCGCCGAGCCCAAUGCCUCUCAAAAAGCCUACCGCGUGGUGCUGGCCACCGACGUGACCAGUCUGCGCGACGAUGAUGUCAAUUCCUCCACCUUGGCCUGGGAUUCUGGCUACGUUGAAAGCAACGAGCAGCGAAACAUCAUCUGCAAGCCCGAGAAUGGCUUGCAGUCGACAUGUAGCUACUACUGGCGAGUCACCGUCUGGGAUCAAUCGAAUCGAUCCUUCCACAGUGCCGUCAACCACUUCUUCACAGCUUAUCCCCGCUCCCAUCAGCUGCCUCCCUAUAGCAUGAACCAAACGUACAUGCCCCAUACCGCUCUCAUCUUCCGCACCUGGUUCGAGGAUGAACCCAACCGCUGGAAGGCCGUGUGGAUCGGCGACGGAGGGGACAAACCCAUCUACUUGCGCAAAUCCUUCGAUCUCGCACGGUCGCCGAUACGCGCGAUCCUGUUCGCAUCCGGACUGGGACAUUUUAACAUGAGCGUCAACGGCCAAGCGGCCUCCAAUCACCGUCUCGACCCCGGCUGGACGAACUACCACCGUCGCGUGCAAUUCACCUCCUACGAUGUGACCGCACAGCUGCAGAAGGGCGAGAACGUGUUGGGCGCUCACGUGGGCAACGGGUUCUACGCGGGCGACAAGGGCGACGAUCGCUUCUUCUGGCCGAUGUAUGAGGAUAACACCUAUGUGCGCCACGGAAACGAGCUGUGCUUCUUCAGUGAGCUCCACUUGUUUUACGAGGAUGGAGAGCACACCACAAUGAUCUCCGAUCCCACUUGGCGGGUGAGCAAGAGCGCCACCACUCUCGCCAACAUCUAUGCCUCUGAAAACCACGAUCGUCGUUUGUAUCCGACUGGCUGGGACGCACCCGGAUUCGACGAUGCACAAUGGGCGCCCGCCAAGCCCCUCACCGGACCCCGCGGUCGCAUCUACUACCAGAAUCAACCUCCCGUGGUGCUGCACGAGACCUUCGAGCCGGUCAAGAUCUACAGUCCGCGUCCCGGUGUGGUUUGCUACGACUUGGGGCAGAAUGCGUCUACAAUGGUCAAAGUCGUUGUGGAGGGUGCUGUAGGAUCGGAGGUCAUUGUCCGAUAUAGCGAGACGGUCAAGGAGGACGGCACCGUACUUAUGCCUGACCCCCUGUUCAAGGAAUUUGAGACAGGCGUUUUCUCUCGUAUUUAUCUGGCCGGCACAGGCGCUCCCGAGGAGUGGGAGCCAGAUUUCAGUUUCACGAGCGCGAGGUACAUUCAAGUGGAAGGUGUCUCCUUGGACGGGAAGGAUGGCCUGCCUAAGAUCCUCUCCGUCGUGGGCCGCCACAUCUCCUCUGCCGCGAGACGACUAGGAACAAUGAAGACCGAUAAAGAGGAUGUCAACGCCCUCUUGAAUGCUUGCUACUGGUCUUUCGUUAGUAACCUGUUCAGCUAUCACACCGACUGUCCGCAGAUUGAGAAGUUCGGCUGGCUGGAGGUCACCCACCUGCUGGCCCCGGCCACCCAAUACAUCCGCGACAUGGAGAGCCUGUACACGAAGAUCCUUGACGAUAUCCUCGAAGCACAGGAGCCUGACGGAGAGGUCCCCAACAUGGCUCCUGACACGAGGUAUAUGUGCGGGCCUAUGAGACAUUGUAUAACCUGGGGCGCUGCCUUGUGUCUGCUCCCUGAUAUCCUCCGACAGUACUACGGCUCGACGCAUGUAUACGCGAAGGUCUUCCCCGCGGCCGUGCGCUACAUGGAUUACAUGCGCACCAUGGAGAGGAAAGGUGGACUGAUUCUGCACGGUCUUGGCGACUGGGGACGGGGCAUUGCCCAUGGCAACAACCAGGCCAAUAUUGAGACAGCCUUCUACUACCGCUGCCUGCAGUGCAUGGAGAUGAUGGCUCGCGAGCUGGGCGAGACGCAGAAGGCCGAGGAGUACCAUCAGUGGGCGGCGCGCAUCUACGAGGUUUACAACCGCCACCUGCUAAUCACGAACGACCCCUCCCGCCCGUACGCCUACUACACCUCGCUCGAUAACUACCCCGAACGCGACCGGGACGCGAUCGCGCAAGCCAUGGCGCUGCAAUUCGGGAUGGUGCCCGCCGAGCACCGUGCCGACGUCAUGGCCGCCUUUAUGGACGACGUCGCCGACGGACGCAUGCGGUCGGGCGAGAUCGGAUUGCGGUUCCUGUUCAACACGCUAGCCGAUGCCAAGCGGCCGGACCUGGUGCUGCAGAUGGCCCGCCAGGAGGAGCAUCCCUCAUACAUGCGGUUCCUGCGGCGCGGCGAGACCACCUUGCUGGAGUUCUGGCAGGACGCGUGCCGCAGCAAAUGCCACGACAUGUUGGGGACGAUCUACGAGUGGUUCUACGCCGCAGUGUUGGGGUUGAAACCGACCGGAGAGGCGUACCGCACCUUUGUGGUCGACCCGCCCUAUGACUCCGAAUUCAACCACGUGGAGGGUAGCGUGGACUGCCCCUACGGAUUGAUCACCAUUGAUUUCGUGCGCGACGAGCAAGAAGCGGUGACGCUACGUGUGCGCGUGCCGUUUGGAACGACGGCUGUCGUCAACUUGCCCAAGAAUGCAAAGCACUGGGCCUAUCUUCGGGCGGGCGAGGCCAAGCAGACUCUGGAUGGGGAUGAUGUGCGCCUGAGUCACGGCGAGUAUACUGUUUUCGUGCAGCUCUAAAUCAGAUCAAUUGUACAUAGAGGUUAGACUAGUUCAACUGGAG